CCCGAAGGUGUGUCCCGCCCUAGGCGCGGCUCUCUCGCAGGUACUAAUCGCCGUCCUGCCCCGGCUCCUUUCUGCAUUUGCCGCCCCGCUCCCCCCGGAGCCAGCGGUCCCCGGCCGCGGCCGGCAUGCACGGGGGCCAGCAGCAGCUGCAGCCCCUCACGCUGCCCCCGCACCUCCAGCAGCACCAGCACCACUACUACCGCCGCCAGCAGCACUACAGCACGCUCCCCGCCCCGGAGCCGCUGCCCCGGCCCCGGCCCUGCCGGGAGCCGCCGCCCUGCCCGGAGCCCCCGCCGCCGCCGCCGUGCCGGGAUCCGCCGCCCUGCCCUGAGCCGCCGCGGCCCCCGCCGUGCUUCGAGCCCGCGGCCCACCACCAGCAGGAAAGCGGCGUGGCGUACGACCGGGUGCGGACCUACGGCCCCGGCUGCCGGCGGGUGAGCACGUCCUGCUCCUCCCGGGCGGCCUCGCCGCUGGAAUGCUCGCACGGCUACCAGCAAGUCAUCUCCGGCUGCGACCCGCCGCAACAGGGCACUGUUCGAAGGAUUAUUAUCGAGAAUGCUGAUCAGGAGCCGUUAUCCCCAUUUCUUAGAGGGGGGAAUUUCUGUCCUGGAAGUAAUGUCAUCUAUGAAAAGACAAUAAGAAAAUACGAGCUAUUAAAUCCCCACCAAGAGAAGCAGUAUCAGUUUUCGCACCAGUGUCAGAUUCCCCAGCAAGCCGAUCAGUGCCAUGUUGCCCAGCCCUUCCAGCACUCUGAGCAGUCGCAAGUCACUCACCAGUGCCAGCAGACACAGACCAGUAACCCUUGUGAAAUAAUUCCAGUCUCUGUGAGCGAUGACUGUGGAGGAAAUACAGUGAGGAGGGUAACAGUUCAAACCUGUGAACCGGUGAAUUGCUCUCAGGAAAAUAACGACCAGCUGGACUGCCGCUACUUUGGUGAGCUCCUUGCUGAACUACACCGCAAGACCAACGACUUGCACAGUUGUUUACUACAGCAUGUGGAAAAGAUAGGAGGAAGGAACCAUGACAUUGAAUUUACGUCUCAGACUGAAGAUAUUGAAGAUUUAAUUCCUAAAGGACUGUCUGAGGCAACAAAGCAGCAGAUUCGUUAUCUCCUCCAGAUGAGAGUGACAUCAGAUAAAUCUUUGAGACUCGUGCUUUCCACUUUCAAAAAUUUACGUGAAGAGCUUUGCCAUUUGCAGGAUGACUUGGGGAAGUUAGAAACCGACAGUGUCUUACUUAAGAAGGAUUUGGCAUUUAAAGAUUCUCAAGUAAAAGAAUAUGAAACUAUGUUGGCUUCUCUGAGAGAGAAUAAUCGUCAGCAGCAGCAAGGACUCAGAGAGAGUACUGCAAAAUGUCGCUCUCUGGAAGAACAGCUCCUCUCUCUGCGGCUCAGUGAGGGAGAAAAGGAGUGUCAGCUGAAGGAACUGGAGUACUGCAAGCGUGCCUUGGAGCAAGAGAUCCAGAGCCUUAAACUGCAGGCCUGCUCUAAUCCAACACUACAGACCACCACAGAUGAACUCUCUAGCCGUUAUGUAGAGAUGAUCAAUAACUUGAGAGAGGAUAAAGAUCGUGAGAUCCGCAGUCUUAGGUCUCAGUUAUGCCAAUUCCAGCAAGAUAUAUCAAAGAGAGAAGGAAGUAACAGUGACUUGCAAAUAAGGUUGCACGAACUGACAUCGAUGUUGGAGGAGAAAGAUGCUUUUAUUAAACAACAGCAAGAGGACCUCUUCCGACUGAAGCAUGAGAAAUUAUCAGGCAGUCAGUCCCCUGGUGUAACAGCUAUCAUCACUAAGAAGUACAGGAAUCAGUAUCCUAUUCUGGGUCUCUUGUCUGAUGACUACAAGGUUACAGCGCCUGUCAGUAAAUCAAACACUAUUGUAAUUGAGAGCACUGGAGAGAUAUGGAAACACGUAAGUUUACCUAAAGAUCAACUAUUCAGUCUCUGAAAUUCCCAAGUAUUCAAUUUAACUUCAAAGAAAGUAUUAGCCAAAAUGGACAUCUGAGAGAAAGCCAUAGUGUUACUUUAACUUGGCUGCAAAAAGCACGAAAGUGACUGAUGAAAGUCAAGGAACUGUACUGUCUAUUGCAAGACGGCAGUAAUUGUUGGGUGGAGUAUAAACAAAAUAACCUUUCCUUGUUUUCUCUGGUACAUAAUUACCUUUAACAGAAGAACUGACAUUGCUCUAACACCCGCGCCUGCCCUCAUGCACAAGGCGGUCUGCCGCGCACGCCUGUGCUGGGGAGUUAAGUCAGGCAGGAGCUUUUUCCGCGUUGUGCUCUCGGGUGAAGGAGUGUUUCGGAUGGGCAGCACUCCUCUGAAUCAUCACUACUAAUGACUCCAAACUAUUACUAAAACAUAUUAAGCACCAUGUCCCUGAAACUUACCUUGAGACAGGGCAGUGAUUAACCCAGGAAGUGCAGAAGUGUGGUGACCUUUUAAGGAGUGAUUCAAAAUGAAACAAACAGGACUGCAGAAGCUAUUAAUGUUACAGGGCACAAGGUAAUAUUGCCAAGUCUGAAUACAAGGUAAAGGCUUGAGGAAGAACAACAGGGCCAGUUCGCGACCGCGUGUUCUGAGCUAUGGACUCUGAUGACACUGUCUGCGGGCAGAGUAUGGCAGAGCAGCACAAAUAAACAAGAGAGUAGCUUUGUGGGGGAUGUGACCCAGAAAACAAUUACUUGAGCAGCCCAAGUAGAGGAAUGGUAAAACAUCUGGCAUAUUCUAAAAGGAUAUGUUACCUGGAGCAGGAUUAAGAAAAUAGAAGUUAGAGGUCGCUGGCAAACAGCAGAGUUUUAUUACUGAUCUCAUAAAACUCCACCAGUUGCAUUGCAACCUAGUGAAAUGUCAAGGAAUUGAACAGUAAUAAAGAAAUUAAACUGAUAAAGCCAAACCCUUCCCAGCUUACUUGAAAAGUUAGUCAUACUUUCCAUUACAAAAAAUGGAAAAGAUGAGUAUACGCUGCAUUUGAAGAGAUCAGUAUCAUUAAAUAAGUGAGAACUGUGUGUAUUUAAAGUUUCCCAAGGUCUCCCUCAAUCACUAGUGCAAGUUUCAGCUGAAACAAAAUUACUUUGCUGCAAGAUAAACUUGGUAAGUUGGAGAAGUACCAAUUUCACCUUUAUUCCAAGCUUUGCAAGUGCUUUUUCUGUGUUUAUGUACUGUCAGCCAAAUCUUUUGUAUCUGCAUUCAUUAUUGAAUAGUAAUGCUGAUUGAUAGGUAUUCUGAACAGUGUGGGUUUUCUACUGGAAAGCAAGUAGCCUGCCCACGAUAUCGGUCUUUCAAGCAGUGACUAGUUACCACGCUCAGUCCUUUAAGUUAGAUGUUCUUUGUAAUGUUGAUCCUAGAUAUAUUAGAGACAACAUUUAGGGUAGAAAUUUUGUAAUACCUACUAUUUAGGUAUCUGGUAACUGCCUGUUCUUGGUUGUUUUCCUAAGUACAAAAAAGCGCUAUUUUCCUUGUUGUGGUAUUUACUGGAGACAGUGAAUCAUACCAGUUCUGACAUCUGCCUCCUGCUGAACAAAACCGUUUAGAGCUUUGACCUUGCCAGUCCUGGCCACUGUGAGCACUGACGUGCUGAGCGUUUGUUAAGGAGGAAAGGCUCACUGGCCACUUGAGAUGCUUCAAAAGUCAGGCUGUUAGAGAAAAUAAAUACCUAAUUAAAGGAGACAUGCUUUAUAGACCAGGCAGUUCAGUUCUGUAUACAGAAAUAAGUUUGUGUAUUUUCUUCUAACAAGCUGCUUGUUUCUUUCAGGAAUGAAAGAAAUCUCUAAGCCAUCAGAGCUGCUCAAAGGAGUCACAACAACUAAAAUCGCUUUACUUUCUGCUGUUUUGCAUCUGAAAAAGGUUCAGUCUGAUAGUGGGGAAGGCUGGGGAACACAUUAAGAACAGGGAAGCAUGAAGAUGAUGGAAAACACUGUCUCAUCCUCAUCAUAAAGAAUUCUGUUACCUGUGUCCAUAAUCUGUCACUAACAUCUGUGUACCAAUGUUUGUACUUUUCCAUGCACUUACUUUUUGCUCAGGAGAGUGGUAUGCCGUGCUUUUGUGGACUUCGGUUUUUCUUGACAUGACUAUUCUUCAGCCAGUCCUGAAGCAAUCUUAAGAGACAAAAGGAAGACAUUUGAAACCUUUUCCUCUUUGCACUAUUAGUUAUGUUUUUCUGUCCUAUCUACUCAUGCUGAGAAGUGAGAAUGACACACUCUCCAGUCCCAUACAUGCUGAAUGGCUGGUUCCAAUCUGUCUGAUUCAGAUUGCCGUUUUAUCUACUGCAGAUGAAACAAACCCCAGAAACACCCUUCAUGGGGAGCUUGAAAAAUGCUUACCUUGCAUCUGCCUAUGUAUGGGAAGCUAAAACACAAAGGAAAAUUACUGAACCUACUCCAGAUAGAUAUACAACUCCUCAAACUUAGCUACUGAAUUGGCAAAUACCAGUUACCUGGUUCAGUGAGGUGACUGGGCAAAUACUAAUUUUAAAGAAUGUUGCUGACCUCAGACUUGAUGUAUUUUCAGCUGAACUUUUUAUAAGCUCCCAAACCAGCCAUAAGUUUUACUUUGCUGUGCUUGAAAAUUUCAAGAUCUUUGUAUAUUUUUAUAUUGAAAAACUUAGUAUGAAAAUAGCUUAGAGACUAAAUUUCAUUAUCAGACCAACCUUCCAUUUACAAUUAUUGCUCCUUGCAGGACCACAGAAAUUCUCUGAAAACGAUUUGGUAUUAAUAAUUAAAUAGUUGUCUAAGCAACACAGUGCAGAGAACCAUAGGGGAAAUUUUAAACUAUGCAAUCAAAAGGUGCUUGGUCUUUACCACGGGGUUCUUGCUUUGCUUUAUUUCUGCAGACAUGUAUUUCUACUCACAGAUAAUAGGUAUCACAGACAGCAUUUACUGGUGAGAGAACGCUGUAGCUAUGUGUAACUAUGAAAUAAACCUAAGUGUAACUUUCUGAA